AUGAAUAACGAAUGUAACUCAACAUCGUCUAAAUCUUCAUAUAUAUCCGAUGUGACUGAUCAUGGUUCAGGUAGUGGUACGGGUCAUAAAUCUUCACAAAUUGCAAAUAAAUGGCUUACAUUAAAAUUUGACCGAAAAGAAGAAAUUCCUUGUCCACGCAAUUCAUUAUUAAUAGAAGAAAAUGAUAAAAAAGAAAUUCGUUGUCCUGCAAGUGAUCAAUUACUAUGUAAUGCAAAAUUUCCUGAUUCAUUGAACAGAUUAAACAUAGUUGAAAUAUUUGCACAUUUAUAUGAGUUUCAUCCACCAAUAUAUACAAGCAUAACAGAGAAUUAUGAUACAAAACAAGAAAUAAUAGCAUCACAUCAAGAAAUUGCAACAACACAAGAUUAUAUUGGUUUUUUUGAAGAAGCUGCUAAAAAAGAAACAAAAUCAUUAUCAUCAUCAUCAACAACAAUCAAAAGAAGAAGCAUUGUAACACUUGAAUCAUCGAUGUCCUAUUUUACACGUGUUAAAAAUGUUUCAAAUAUUGUAUUUUAA